AUGGCAGCACUAUUGAAUGAUUUCAACGGUCCCGGUCUAUACUUGAUUCAAGCCCAGCACAGCAAAAAAUACCUCGACCUCGACGAUUCCAAGAAAGCCAACCAUACCAAAGUCCAACAAUGGGGGUCGCGAAAGCACCAUGUGGACCAGAAAUGGGUCGUUGCUGCCGCAGGGCGCGAUGAAUACCUCAUUCUGGCGGACAAGGCAGGGACAUAUUUGACUGCUCCUGAGAAAGACCGAGAGCCAGCUACUGGGAAUCUCACGUCACCAACUGAUAAGCAUGUCAGGUGGAAGUUUGUCUACGCGGAAGAUGGAGCGUACUUCAUUCAUAGUGUGGCUCAUCCUAAUUCGGUUCUUGAUGUCAAAGGUAUUAGCCAGGAUGAUGGCGCUCCUGUGUUGGUUUUCUCACUGAACAAACAGAAAAAUCAACAGUGGAAGUUGGUAGCCACGAAGUAG